AUGAAGACCUGGCAGGGCAUUUUUGCAGAGAUUGCAGCUAAGCAAUUAAAAGAGCCAUGGACAAUUCAGGAGGAUGAUAACCUGCAGGUCCAUGACCUCAAGCCUGGGUGGAAGGAGUUUGUGCAGCGCCGUGCUCUUGGGAGGUUUCAGUGCUCCCAGUGCUUUCACGUGUGGUCUUCAGCCAAAGUGCACAUCCUGUUCCACAUGUGCUUGCACAAGGGCCGAGGCAUGGUGUGGAUGCGAGUCUUCCGCCAGUUGUGCAGACAAUGCCCCAAACCCCAGCUGAAGGAGCCUGAGUUCAGCCAGGAGACUGUGGAGAAGGUUCUGUACAACCUGGUGCUAAAGAUUCUCAAUGACUUCUACCAUGUGACCAUCCAGGCCUCCGAUUUCCUGGAAGUUGUGGUGGACGUACCAGUGUCAGGGCCACACGACAGCACCCGCUGCGAGGGCUGCCAGCUUGGCAUUUGCAGCAAGUCACAGCUGGCCCCAGCAUCAGAUAGCAGGAAGCCCUUGGUGGAUGUGGACGAGCCCAGGACCCAUCAGACCUUGAAAAGGCAUGGCAUGAGGCGCCAUGCAAUCCCAACCCACCUCCCUUCCCUCUUCGAUAGUACAUGGGAGCUGCUGGACUUGCAAGACUUGCAAGACUUGCCCAUGGGAACCAAGGUGAAGCUGGUUUGUGAAUACUUGUAA